AUGGUGCAGCAUUUGAGAAAACCGACACCGGAAAUAAGGAAAUUUAGCGGAAAUCCAUUGGAAUAUAGGAAGUUUUUAAGACAAUUUGAAUCAAAGGUUGUUUUGAACUGUGAACAAGAUGAUGAGAAGAUGAAUUACCUCGAGCAGCUGACAUUUGGAGAAGCACAUAAGGUAGUAUCUAGUUACAGUCACCUGCCAGGCGAUAGAGCAUAUAAGGCAUCAAUGCGUCAUCUUGAAGAGCGAUAUGGUGAUACAGAUGUGAUGGCCUCAGCCUUUAUUAAAAAGGCAUUGGAUUGGCCCAAUAUUAAAUCAGGAGAUAUUCAAUCUUUGGACGAAUUUGCAUUGUUUUUGGUUGAAUGUCAGUAUGGCACGGAGAGUAUGGAAGCCGGAAGUGUUUUAGAGUAUUCUGAAAAUAUCAAACGUCUAAUGUCAAAAUUGCCCUUCCAUAUGCAUGAUCGCUGGAGAAAUGUUGUUUUUCGUGUAAAAGAUUCACAUAGAACAGUUAAAUUUAAUGACUUUGUGAACUUUGUAAAAGCAGAAGCCAAAAAAGCUACAGAUCCGACAUAUGGCAACAUUGCCAUGAAUUAUUCAAAUUCUAGAAAUACGAAUCAACAGCGACAACAUGGACAAAAGGUUUCAAAUCUCGUCCACGUGAAGACCGAAUCGCUUACUUGA